UAGACCUCGUCAUAGAUCUGGAAGCCCGUUUCGGACGCGUAUGUUUCGGACACGGCCUGAGGAAUACAUCAUUGGGUGUCUUGAGGUGUGCGAGUUGACGGGUAAUGUGUCGACGCGUCUGCGGUCUGGUCGUCCACUUUGACCCAUUUCCUUGCUUAUUAUAGUUCCACGCUUUUUAAAGCAACACGUCUAUCAGUACAAUCGCAUACGAAGCGAAAAACUAUCAUUAUUUUGUUUAUCAUGUAAGUUGUAACAAUGAUAUCAAUGUGCGUGCGUGUGCGGUUCUCGAAGAUGUUUUGCAAUUUGAGCUUACAAAAAGAAGAGCAAUUUUAUUCACUGAUUAAAAUGUUCCAUUCCAUUGGCACCUCAUGAAAGCCAUUCUUAAAAUCGGCAUUCCUUAAAAAUUUGUUUUUCUUUUAAUAUUUUUUAAUGCCGAAUAAAUUUAACUCCCGGCUUAGUAUACUGUUCUCGAUUAGUCAGGAUAUCACAGUUGAAGUUCCUGCUCAGGCUUUAUUAGUGCAUGAUGCCAGUUCUUUUAAAUUUCACUUCAGUGUUCUGAUUUGCAUGCCGCAAAUAGAGAGAUUCCCUAUCAAAGUUGCGGGUUUCAAUGACCGACAUCUCUUUAAUUAUGCCACAACUUUGACCUUGCAAUGGAGGCCGCAGGACCUUGAUCAGUGGUCACGACGCUGGUUCGCUCCAUCCGUGAGGUGAAAGUCCGGGACCUGAGAAGCAACGCCAGAUUUAAUCGCGAUCCAAAUGCACCCAGCUUAUAAGCCCGAAACCGUUUCUCAAACAGACAGGCGGAUGUACAUGUACAUUGUACGUCUGUGUUGCAAAGCUGCCUGACUUGUGUGUGAGGGCGGUUGCAUGAGGGUUCUUGCUCUAUUUAUGAUCAGACGGAUUUUUGGCUGCAUUUUCGGGGAGGCUGAAAUACCAUAGUGGAUGCAAUUAAUCAUCCUGGAACCACUGCUCCGAGCCGUCAAGGUAAUCCUAACGUUGAUCUGUGUUCCUUUCCUCCAUGAUCCACAUUAUGCAGAGCCUUGCAUGGUGCUCGCGCAAACUCAUUAUGCAUAUAGCUGUGCAUUACUGAAGUCAUGUUAUGUAACUGAAAUCGCUCAAGUAUAACGUGGCGGCUGCAGGCACUUUCCAUAGAAUUGUGUGCCGCAGUUUCAGGCAUGGCAGCAGCCAUCAUUUCGGAUACGGCUUGUAAUUAACUGCCUUAUCAAAAUAUCAGAAUGCUGUUUUCAGCUCUCUUAUAGGGUUCUUAUAUGGUUUGCUCCUAUGACAACAUUCUCGACUUUGAGCGUAUGACUAAAUAAAAAAAACCAGACCAGAUGGGGCCAUAGGUCCACAGAGAGAGAACUCUGAGAGGUGAAACAGGAUUGAGAGUCGCAAGUACAUUACGUCGUGGUUCCGAGGAUCAGAAGACAACGACGUCGGCAGGCACCGUUGGUGUUGGAGCUUGAGAAAGGCACAGUAUUAUUGUACAUAGUACAAUACUGCAUUACUUCCGUCGGACAUUGUCACCUGGGACUUUACACGCAAACCGAGGUUUGAAUUCGUGAUAACAUGGAGGACAGGAACGGCCCAUUUGGUAACUCGGCGCUCGUAGACCGUCUGGAGCGACAGAAGCCCCCACCAGAUGGCUCGUACUACCCGGAGGGUGGCUGGGGUUACGUGGUGGUGUUGGCCGCUUUCGCUGCCUUGAUGACACAGAUGGGGCUCAUCGUAUCAAUGGGGGUCUACCUGGAACACAUCGAGCAGGAGUUCCAGUCUGGCGCCGGUGUAAGUGGCUGGAUUUCCAGCGGCUGUUUCGCCGUUCUCGCCUUCGUCUCCCCUUUUGCAAGCCACGUGAUGAAGCGAAUGGGCUGUCGAGCCACUGCAAUGAUAGGGGGCGCUAUAAUGUGUGCUGGCUUCGUGUGUGGGACGUUUGCAAACUCCGUUAUCCAGCUUUUCGUAUUUGCUGAUGUCGUUGCAGGCAUUGGCGCAUCGAUGUCCCACAUGUCCGGCACCGUAGUCAUCGGCCAGUAUUUCAACAAGCGUUACGCCCUAGCGAACGGCUUCGCCUACACGGGGCAGGGAGUAGGAAUCUUCAUGUUCCCGCCCAUUUUACAGGCCCUCAUUGAUAAUUACGGUUGGCGCGGUUGCAUGCUGAUACAGGGCGCCCUCUCGCUCCAUAUAUCGGCGGCAGCCGCCAUGUACAGGGUCGUGCAACAGCCGUCCGGCAACCGUUCUAAGCGUCGUCCCAGAAGUGUCUCAUGCGAUAGCGUGGACAGCGAUGGCAUUCGAGCAACCCCGAACAACAAUCAAAAUAACGGCAGUGCUUCCAACACGUGCUCGGGCAUCAGCGAGGAUUCGGGGAGCAAGACAGACUCGACGGCUGUUUCCGCAUCCGAGAUCUCAACUUCCACCGGUUUGUCAAGCAGUGAGGGGUGCGCUGAAAUGAAGUCGCUUGUGGUCCCAUCUGCCGACAACUCGACGAAGGAUCAACUGCAAAAUGGCACAGCAGUUUGCGCUCAUGAACGAGCGCUUUUUCCUUCCGACUCGACCGCACUCCUGCAAAAAUGUGGGGAUUUUGAACUAAAAUCCCAAGCCGAACCGAGACUUUUGAACGGAAACGAAAGAGUUAUCUCCCCUUUGAUAUCCUGCCGCCGGCACCAGAAUGCUCUCGUUGCCGAUGUGAAUCCCACAGUCUUCGCGACCUCCGACAUCCAAAGUGGCCAACGUAAUGCAGUCUGCUUCGAGGAGGGCAAGCUGGGAAUUUGUGGCAUCGAAGGUCGGAAGCCGAGGCGGCGGCGAAAGUGGCCCGCCGCUUGGCGAAUGAUGUGUGAUUACCCGUCCAUUUGCUUCAUAUUCGUCAUCUUUCUGUUCGAAACCUUCGGCUACGGGGGGUUCUUCUCGCACGUGGUUGCCCGGGCGCGGGAGGCAGGAAUCGCGGAAGGCCCGGCAACAUUUGCUCUCUCCAUCUUUGGUAUUGGCAGUCUUCUUGGGCGGUCCUCCAACGGCUUGAUCUUGCACCGGGGCUUCCUGACGGCCAGGGGACUCAACGGCCUGGCUUUCGUCACGGCCGGAGGGGCGUCCGUUCUGACGUCUUUGGUGGUCAGCCAAUCCGGCGUGCUGGCGAGUGCCUUCUUCUCUGGGCUGGCUAGCGGCUGGUACAUGCCCCUUCAGCAGGUCCUGCUUCGGGACAUCGUGGGGCAGUCCCUGCUCCACUUUGCCUACGGUUACGGUCUCGUCUUCGAGGGAGCUGGAUCGCUGGCCGGUGGCUAUGUCAUAGGUUCCAUCCGAGAUCGGUAUGGCUCUUACGAAGUGUCCUUCUACUUCCUGGGCGUGGUCAUGCUCCUGGGGUCGUCUAUUUUGGUCGUGGAUCACUGCUUCCAGAGGCGGGGGUUGUGCCUGAGUAUAAAUGACAGUCGAGACAGGAAGGGCGCCAAGAACCAACCGACCACAGCCGACUUCGACAAGGACGCACCAGUCUGACAGAAACCUAGGAUAUCACAAGUAGGCCUAUUACCGAAACUAGACCAGAAUAUCUGCCUUUCAGAGAAGCACAGGAUACGUAUUUGACCGAAAACAAGGUUUAACAGUUGCAAAUAUAGUUACUGCCUAAAUGUGUCUUGCACCUACUGCGUGUACAUUUUAUUUUGCGUGAAUAUUAUUCUAUACACGUAGGCUAUAAUUCUGUGGACUGUGCCAAGAUGCUUAUAUGACAGUGUAACUAUGUCACAAUGAAAGCCAAAGCCCUGGCCAAACCCACAACUUUCGGACACGACCAUGGUUUACCAGCUUCUUAUAUCCAGACUCCGUAAUAAUAAAGGGAUUCGCAUUGUGCACACUCGUUGAUUUUAGUUUUCUCUAACAGUCUUUCGUAAUUUAAUAGCUGUUGUGAAAAACAGGUCCGGUAUUUCUGAUAUUUACUGUAAAUAUUACAUGGGCGUUUGGUGCGAUAAUUUACUUUCCAACUUCAAAGGGUCGUUUGUUUAUUAAUCUCGAUAUCGCGAAAACUGGUUCUGUCUUGUACCCCGAAGCACUGCAUUUGUGAAUAAUUACAGACUUAAACAUAUAACUAUAUAGGAUAUCCGAAAUGUGCAACUAAUCAAAUACGAGGGCGAGAGAACACUUGUAACGCAAUCAUGUUGCUUAAUAGGCCUCAUUCAUGGAAAAGUCAUUUUUUUUAUCUUGUGCCCUUAAUUUAUCAUAUUCAAUGUAAUCUAUUACCUGUGGUGAUACCAGACUAAAUAGGAUUCCAAACCUCACUUUCGCAUUUUUUUAUGUGACCUGAAACAUUAAGGUUUAAUUUAUAAAAAGUUUGUAAUUUUUCUAAACAAAAAGUAGCAGGAAUUUGUAUUGAACUUUUAUAGCGUCGCUACACUUUGAGAUUCAAGAUGGCCAACACAUGAAUACAGUUUACUGAUUUCACCCGAUUGGGGUCAUCAAUAAGUCCAUAGAUCUAUUUUUUCAAGACAACAUUGAGUUGCUGAAGAUUAGAUGGACGAGCAACCAAAUCAUGACGUCGUCAUAAUGACACCAUGUCGCCCCAAAUCACGACGUCGUCAUAAUGGCACCAUGUCGCCCAAAUCACGACGUCGUCAUCAUGACACCAUGUCGCCCAAAUCAUUCGUGCAUAGACUCCACUCAAUUUUUGUUGUUAGGAUCAUCGAUUACGAUGAAGAGUCUUAUACCACGUAGUUGUGGCCUUUCAAAGACCACUGGGGGCCUUGUAACACCCAGGAUACGUUUGCAUGUGGGACUUUCGACGUUUAAAACACGCCGUGCUAAUUGUCAAAGGUUACCUUUUGCCAGUUAUAACCAGGGGAUGAGGGGUAGGUUCUCGCUUACCCGCCGGUCGUACCUCUGCCGUUUGUGUGCUCGGUGUACUCUACCAGCAUAGCCGCGUUAACACGAGUUACACGCAGUCUCAGUAUUAAUGAUUUGAUACCGGUAACAAACUUUCAUUUUUCUGCAAAUUGAAGCCUGACCUUUUACCUUAUCCCCAUUUUUUUAAUGCAAAUGCAACAUUCUACGCAACAUAUUCGCACGAGAAAGCUGUAAAGGAUUGCUGCUAUUAACAUAUGAAGCACCUAAGAUCGACAUGGACUUAUACUACCACAGAUACACUGAAAGUGCCAUGUUUACAGUAUUACCUUCAAGUGCCUCUACGUGCCGUUUAAUCUGAAACGAAUUAAAUGACGAGAUAUUCUAAAUACACUAGAAUACAGAUAUUCUAGUGGUACACAGGUGCUCCAAUCAACAAAACGUUGAUGAUUGUUCGUGCAUGUACGAUGUGGACGCAUCGAACGACUGCACUGCAGUGAGGUAGCUUGACCCUCACACAAGCAUAUUACUACUACAAAACAUUGAACUUCAGAAAGCUAGGUAAAAGCCAGCCUGCCUCAAUUAAAAUAAGGAAAUUUAUUGCCUGUCAGUUUGAAAAAUGAACAACUUAAAGGGGCAGUUAAAGUAAAAGGGAAACGAGAACAAAGAAGAUUUGGGGAGCCUAUGUUACGAAAGCCGUGCACAGUUCAAAUCUGUUUACUUUGAGUAUGUGCAAUACAGGCAAAUACGUUUCGAGGCGGUGCUAUUUUUCAAACUCUUCUCUCACGCGAAAACUAUGGGAAAUCAUAUUUCCAAAACACUUUCACAACUGAAUUUCUAAAUGUGCUUUAUUUUGUAUAUUUUUUGUUAUUUAUUAAAAAUUAUAAUAUACAUGAAUCGGAGCUAGAUGUGAUUCAUUCUUGUUCAUCUAAAUUACAUUAGCCUUUAUAGCUUGUGCUGAAGCCGAUAUGCAACAGUGUGAUGUUUUUUGUUUGUAAAUAAACUGAAAAUUUCUCAUAAGUUUGAUAA